GGGUAUUAUUUUUAUAUGAAAUCCAAUGAAAAUAGCUCUUUUAUUCAUGCAUUUCUUGUAAAUACAAUUGUUUUAUUUCAGGAAUUGCUAUCUCUAGCAAAGAAAAAGAAAGCCAAGCAAGGCGAUGAUUCUCCUGAACAGCCAGCUAAAAAGCCAUCGAAUGUGAGUAAGGCAUAUUCAGAUUCAGAAACCUCUUCUGGCUCGGACGAUGACUGGGACGCACGGGGUAAUAAGGCUUCUGUUAAAAAGAAGAAAAAGACAAAACCGGUUGUGAAAAGGACAGUUACAAAAUCUUCUGAAUCCGAUAGUGAUAAGGAUGAUGAUAAAAAUGAUGACUCAGAACCAGAAGAAGGUGAAGUGUCAGACUCUGAUGACUCAGGCGACUCGGACUCGUCGUCGGACGUCAGCAGCCAGGAGGAGUUCAACGACGGCUACGACGAGAACCUCAUGGGAGACGAGGACGAUCAGAGGCGGCUGGCACAGAUGACCGAAAAGGAACGCGAGCAGGAGAUAUUCAAGAGGAUAGAACAACGAGAAGUCAUGAAAACAAGGUUUGAAAUUGAGAAAAAGCUAAGACUAGCCAAGAAGCAAGAAAUGAAGAAAAAGAAAGGAACUGUUAAAAAGAGAGAAGAAAGGCUAGAUCCCAAAGAACGAAGUAAAGAAAGAAAGAAAACCGUGGAAGAGAAUAGAGGGAAGAUGGACAAGAAAGCUCAAGCAAUGAACCUUCUGAAAGCAAGGAGAGAGGAACGAAGGGAAAGAGAGGAGAAAGAGAAACAGCAGAAGAUAGAGCAGGAGAAGCGAAGAGAAGAGGAGAGUGCGAAGCAGGGCGACGCAGAGGGCGAAGACGAAGGAGAGGACGGAGACAGCGGUGGCGGGGGUGGAGGGGGCCGGGGCACUAAGCUGAAGGCGUCGGACAUCUACAGCGAUGACAGUGGCAGUGGUGACAGUGACAGCGAAGGCGGAAAGUCCACCAAGAGCAAGUCCAGGGCCAGGGCCCGUGCCCGGGCUAGGAGCACUUCCACCUCUUCCAGGAGUUCUUCCUCGUCUGACGACGAUAGCAGGUCAAUCGCUAGUUCUAAAGUAAAGAAAGUGCAGUUUAUUAGUACAAAAGAAGAUCUGAAUAAAAUACGAUUAUCUCGUCAUAAAAUGGAAAGAUUCGUCCACCUUCCUUUCUUUGAUCGUGUUGUCCAGGGAUGUUUUGUGAGAAUAGGAAUUGGUAAUCACAACGGCAAGCCAGUUUACAGAGUAACGGAAAUCAGUGGUGUGGUAGAAACGGGAAAAAUCUAUCAAUUAGGAACAACUAGGACUAAUAAAGGACUCAAAUUAAGGCAUGGUGCUCAGGAACGCGUGUUUCGUCUGGAAUUUAUUAGUAAUCAAGAGUUCACGGACAGCGAGUUCUUCAAAUGGAAGGAAACGUGUGCUCUACAAGGAAUCUCAGUUCCAACGCAAGACGACUUGGAAAAGAAACUAAAGGAUAUCAAGGAAGCCAUGACCUACGAAUUUAAGGAAGAAGACAUUGAGAAGAUUAUUAAGGAGAAAGGCCGGUUCCGAACAAAUCCAUACAACUAUGCCAUGAAAAAGACUGAGUUAAUGAAAGAAAGAGAUAUGGCUCAUUCACUAGGUAAUCAAGAAGAAGCAGCCCAACUGAAUAAGAAAUUACAAGAAUUGGAGGAAAGAGCAAACGAAUUAGACAAAAUGAGGACUUCGACAAUCGCUUCAAUUUCCUUCAUCAAUAAUACGAAUAGGAAGAAAAAUGUUGAAGAAGCUGAAAAAGCAAUAAUGGAAGAGUAUCGAGCCAACAAAGGCAAGAAAAUUGAUGACCCGUUCACUCGCCGUAGUACAAAACCAAGAAUGGUGUUCAAAGCUAGCGAAAGUCAAGAUAGCACACCUAUGCCUUCCAACGCCGAUUCACCCAUCUCCGCUUUUAGUAACGGCAAAGAUACAAAUAAGAGCAAAUCCGAACAAUCGCAUCCAGACAAGGAUAACAGGAAGAAUGAUCAGAUCACAAGCCUGGGCAAAACCGAUGACUUGUUCUCAGCUCAUGACUUCGAUAUCAAAAUCGAUUUGGGAGUCCCACUACCAAAUAACCCCUCCAGUAUAACACCAAAACCAAUGGCUGCAAUGAAAGACAGUGGGCCCCGGAGAUCUCUUAAUUUAGAAGACUACAAGAAAAAGCGUGGUUUAAUAUAAUUUGUAAUAAAUUUGAUGACUGAAUCAAUUGAUUAGAACACUAUUAACCGAUGGCCGUAUUCAAGGACAAUUGGCCACUAAGAUCACUGAACUUGAAGUAUUACAUGAUGUAAAAGCAUCUUUUAAAAAACAUUCUCUCAAAUCACUGAAUCAAUCUCCAUUGGGGUUAAGUUAAUGAAUUAUACGUUCAAGUUUUGCUUUAAGUAAGAGUAUUAUAGAAAUGCAAAUAUGAAAUCAGGGAAGUGUGUCUCAGUUUAGUUGGAUUGCUUAUUUUUUAGAAUCAUAGUAUGUAUUGGAUAUUAUUUAUACCCAUUGUCAUUUGAUUCUAAUCAAAAGAGGUUGAUCGGUGAUGCCUUGAAACGUCUGUAAAUACUUAUUCUUUAUUUUUUUGUUUCAAACUAUGUAAAAGUUUCAUAUUGUGACAGAAACAAUUAAAAGACACUUAAAAUGGA